UAAAUGCAUUGUUCAGAAAUACAGCAUUUAAGAAACCCCUUUUGUCCCUGUCACAGAACACGAAUCCUACGAAGCUGAAAGGUUGGUCAGUUGAAGAGAUCUGCAAACAUUAUUCUUCAGGUGGCCAUAGAAGUGGGUCAGAGAAGAUGUUUUUAAAGGUACUGUUGGCGAUAGGCUGUUGCAGUGCCCUAGCACUUGGCUCAUCUCAUUGGAGCUACAGUGGAAUAAAUGGUCCAAGCCAUUGGGCAGAAGAAUACCCUAAUUGUGGAAAAAGCCGGCAAUCACCCAUCAAUAUAGUAACGAGGAGGACAUUGUAUCGGCGAAGAAGACUUGAAAAUAACUAUGAUGAGAUGCCUUCAGAUCUCAGGUUCUCAUUGGCAAACAAUGGACAUUCUGCUCAAGUCACACUAAGCAACACCGGAAACCUUCAUCUUCACGUUUUUGGUCAGACGUUCAAGCCUCUUCAAGUUCAUUUUCAUUGGGGAAGCAACAACCGCCGUGGCUCGGAACACACGCGUGACCGUCGAAGAUAUCCAGGCGAGGUACGUCAAAGACAGGCUGCCUCGGUGGAUUACGUCUUUCCUUUGGCUUGUCUUGUCUUGUCUUGUCUUGUCUUGUCUUGUCUUGUCUUGUCUUGUCUUGUCUUGUCUUGUCUUGUCUUGUCUUGUCUUGUCUUGUCUUGUCUUGUCUUGUCUUGUUAUGUCUUUCUUUUCUUGUCUUGUCUUGUCUUUUCUUGUCUUUUCUUGUCUUUUCUUGUCUUUUCUUGUCUUUUCUUGUCUUGUCUUGUCUUGUCUUUGGGUUUUUUUCUUGUUUUUUCUUGUCUUUUCUUGUCUUGCCUUUUUGUCUUGCCCUUUGGUCUUUUCUUGUCUUCCUUUUCUUGUCUUGUUUUGUCUUGUCUUGUCUUGUCUUGCCUUGUCUUGUCUUGUCUUGUCUUGUCUUGUUAUGUCUUGUCUUGUCUUGUCUUGUCUUGUCUUGUCUUGUCUUGUCUUGUCUUGUCUCGAGUGUUUUGGGGUAGGAUGAGACAAAGCAAACUAUUUGGUUACGCCCUUUUACUGUAUAAAAACACGUCCUUUGAUCAACAGGGAACGCCAAUUUUAUCAAUAGGAAACGGCCAUGGAUUCAGACGAAAUGCAACUUCGAUCCUGCUGAGAACAGGGGGAAGUAUCCCCUCAGUUCUUCCCGCUGUGGCACCUCGCUCUGGGCUGACUCCAAUGUUUAAUCUCGAUAAUAUCAUAUGCAUAGGUCAGACGUUCAAGCCUCUUCAAGUUCAUUUUCAUUGGGGAAGCAACAACCGCCGUGGCUCGGAACACACGCGUGACCGUCGAAGAUAUCCAGGCGAGAUGCAUUUCGUGCAUAUGAAUGCUAAAUAUGGAACAGCAAAAGAGGCAAAGAAGCACAGGGAUGGCCUUCUUGUGCUUGGUAGCUUCAUAUCAAUUGACGACUUUGAAAAUGAAGAUUUGCUACCAAUAUUCAAUUCUCUGGAUCAAAUCAAAAAGCAAGGACAAAAAACGGAAAUAUAUAAACUGGAUCUCAAUUGCCUGAUGCCUUCUGAUACAAGUAAAUUCUUUUUUUACGAUGGAUCUUUGACUACGCCCGGUUGUAACCAAGCCGUCAAAUGGAUUGUGUUCAGAAAUACUGUCCCACUUUGCCAGAGUCAGAUCAACAGUCUGAGAGUAUUAAAAUACAAGGGAUCACACGGAGCAAGCAAAAGGAUUGUCAACAAUUAUCGUCCAAUACAGCGUCUAAAUGGUCGAAGAGUGUACCGUACAUUCCAUUUGUCAUGUUAUUGAUAGUGGGA